AUGAUGGCAGAGGAGCUGAAGAAAGAGCAGGACACCAGCGCUCAUCUGGAGCGAAUGAAGAAGAACAUGGAGCAAACCAUCAAAGACCUGCAGCACCGCCUGGAUGAAGCUGAGCAGAUCGCCAUGAAGGGAGGCAAGAAGCAGAUUCAGAAGCUCGAGGCCAGGGUCAAGGAACUUGAAAAUGAGGUGGAAAAUGAGCAGAAAAAGGCCAGCGAUGCUGUGAAGGGAGUAAGAAAGUAUGAAAGGCGUAUCAAGGAGCUUACUUAUCAGACCGAAGAAGAUCGCAAAAAUCUCGCACGUCUUCAAGACUUGGUGGACAAGCUGCAGCUAAAGGUCAAGUCCUACAAGAAGGCUGCAGAGGAAGCUGAGGAACAGGCCAACAGUAAUCUUACCAAGUUCCGCAAACUUCAACAUGAGCUCGAUGAAGCUGAGGAGCGAGCUGACAUUGCCGAGUCUCAGGUCAACAAGCUGCGCGCCAAAAGCCGUGAUGUGGGAUCAAAGAAAGGACUUGAUGAAGAAUGAAGUUCACCUUGAAAUGAUCAUUUCUGAGACACCUCUUGGUCCUGCAAUGAAGUCUCCCUAUGCAUGUGUUUUUGUUUAGUAGAAUAAAGUUAAUGAGCAUCUCAAA